AUGGCGCCGUUCAUGGACGACGAUGACUUCGUCGGCACACUGUCAGACAACGAUGUCGUGUCGGAUGAAGAGCUGGCCACCCCAAAGGAGCAGGGCACGAAAAGGAAACGAGAGACUCCAAAGCAGCGUCCUGUGAAGAAGCAGAAGCAGAAGCAGGACAAUGGGGGUGAUGCGGAGGAGGAAGACAUGGACUCCGAAUUCGAGUUUGGGAUGGAAGAUGGCACCGCAGUCCUGGACGACUACGAGACUUUACUGGGCGGAUCCGGUCAGGGCAACAAGAAAGCCAUCGAUGUCGACGAUAUAGUUGCAAGGCGGAAGCAGACACAGGACGCGGAGGCGGAGCAUGCUAGCAGUGAUAGCGGUUCGAGCGACGAGGAGGAUGAUGAAGACAUAGACGGGGCCAGCGAGACAUCUUUUGACGGGUUUGGCGCUGGCGCAAAUAUAGGAGAGGAGGAUGACGAGGACGGCGCAAACAGUGAAGGGUCCCAAUCGCAGUCUGAUCCAGAUGAUGGGUCAGAGCCUGUAGACGAUGUUGAGGAAGUGGCUCAGACGCCUCAUCCACACGACGAUGGCUCAGAUUCGGAGGCAGAAAAAGCGGAAGACCCUCUGGAGGUGGAAAAACGAAAUGCGUUCUUUGCAUCAGAGCCUCAAGCGGCGGCAAAUGGGUCUGCCCAACAGUCUUUCUUAUCGCUGUCCCUCUCCCGGCCAGUGCUCAAAGGCUUGAGCUCUCUUGGAUUCACCGCACCAACACCUAUCCAAUCUAAGACGAUACCCGUAGCCUUGGAAGGCAAGGACGUGGUCGGAGGUGCCGUGACUGGCUCUGGCAAGACAGCGGCCUUCAUCAUUCCUAUCCUCGAACGCUUGAUGUACCGAUCAAGACGCACAGCGACCACGCGCGUGGCUAUCUUGGCUCCGACGAGGGAGUUGGCGCUACAAUGCUUCAACGUCGCGAAGAAGCUGGCCAGCUUUACGGAUAUCACGUUUGGUCAGGCAAUUGGAGGCUUGAACUUGCGUGAACAAGAGAAGGCGCUCAAGCUACGGCCAGACGUCGUCAUUGCAACACCGGGACGUUUCAUUGAUCUGGAACGGAACUCGCCGUCUUUUGCUGUCAACACGAUCGAAAUUUUGGUUUUGGAUGAAGCCGACCGGAUGCUGGAAGAAGGUUUUGCGGACGAAGUCAACGAGAUCCUUUCAAAGAUACCCAAGAGCCGGCAGACCAUGCUCUUCUCCGCGACCAUGACUUCAAAAGUGGACGACCUGAUCCGAGCUGGUCUGCAGCGACCUGUUAGACUUAUGGUCGAUGCGCAAAAGUCAACUGUGCAAGGACUAGUACAAGAGUUCGUCCGUCUACGUCCGACACGCGAGAGCAAGCGACUAGGCUACCUCAUGCAACUGGUCACAGCUGUCCACACUGAUCGAGUGAUUGUCUUCUUCCGGCAGAAGAAGGAGGCUCAUCGAGUGAGGAUAAUGUUUGCCCUUCAUGGCCUGAAAGCCGCAGAGCUGCACGGCAACAUGACGCAGGAACAGCGCAUUCAAGCCAUUGAGUCGUUUAGGUCCGGCCGCGCGAGCUUCUUGCUUGCGACAGAUGUGGCGAGCAGAGGUCUGGAUAUCAAGGGUAUCGAAACAGUCAUCAAUUACGAAGCACCACAGAGCCAUGAGAUCUACCUCCACCGUGUCGGUCGCACAGCGCGCGCAGGUCGCUCAGGUUCGGCAUGCACAUUGGCAGCUGAAGCGGAUAGAAAAGUCGUCAAGGCUGCUGUGAAAGGUGGGAAAGUCCAAGGAGCAAUCAUCAAGCAGCGAACCAUCGAACCAAAAGACGCCGAUGCUUGGCAAGCCAAAUGUGAUGUUCUGGAAGACGAGGUCGAAGCGGUCCUGCGCGAAGAGAAGGAAGAGCGCGCUCUCGCCAACACAGAGCGUGACAUCCAGCGAGCGGACAACAUCGUCACGCACCAAGACGAAAUCAUGGCACGGCCGAAGAAAACGUGGUUCGAGAGCGAAGCUGACAAGAAGACUGCGAAGGACAAAGGGCGUGUUGCUCUGAACGGUCCGGUUGCGGCAGUGGAGGGAGGCAAGAAGAAGAAGGUGAAGCUCAGCAACAAGCAGAAGAAGCGGUUGCAGGACAAGGAUGACAGGAACGCGGGUAUGGAGUGGAAGAAGGGCAAGAGUCAGGAUGAGCGGACGGGUGGUGCUGGUAAGAAGGCACGAAAACCUGGUAAAGCUAAGGUGAAGACUAAAAGGUGA